AUGUCUAUCACCACUCCGAUAUUACUCUUGCUCAUCUUUAUCACCUUAAUAAUCAACAUUCCAUGUUUUGAAUCCUCACAAUCUCCAAAUUUUUCAUGCCAACCACCAUAUCAUAACUCAUAUGCAUUUUGCAACACCACAUUACCAAUAUCCAUUAGAGCCCAAUCCCUUUUAUCUCUACUAACUCUUUCAGAGAAGAUCAACCGUCUUUCGACAAAUGACUCUGGCAUCCCUCGCCUCGGCAUUCCUCCCUACGAAUGGUGGUCCGAAUCUCUACAUGGCAUCGUCUCGGGCCGUCCUGGUGUCUCGUUUGAAAACGGGCCAAUCCAUGCUGCAACUAGUUUUCCGCAAGUGAUCUUAACAACAUCUUCUUUUAACAAAACAUUAUGGUAUUUGAUAGCUAAGGCUAUUGCUGUUGAAGCUAGAGCAAUGUAUAAUGUUGGUCAAGCUGGGUUGACUUUUUGGGCUCCUACUAUUAAUGUUUUUAGAGAUCCUAGAUGGGGCAGGGGGCAAGAGACCCCAGGGGAGGAUCCUAUGGUUGUUGGGGCGUAUGCGGUUGAGUACGUUAGGGGAUUCCAGGGGGAUGAUCAGAAGUUGAGAGAAGACAAUAUGGAGAAAAGGAGCGAGGGGCGGAGGAGGGUGUUAACCAGUGACGACGACGACGACGGUGGUGGUGAUGAGUUGAUGGUGUCUGCUUGUUGUAAGCAUUUCUCUGCUUAUGAUUUGGAUGAUUGGGGAAAUUAUACUAGAUACAACUUCAAUGCUAUUGUGAAUGAACAGGAUAUGAAGGACACAUACGAACCACCAUUCAAAAAUUGUAUCCAAGAAGCCAAAGCCAGCUGCUUGAUGUGUUCCUAUAAUGCUGUAAACGGAAUACCUGCUUGUGCUGAUAGGGAUCUCUUACAGAAAGCUCGAUCGGAAUGGGGUUUCAAAGGAUAUAUCACUUCUGACUGUGAUGCUGUUGCCCAUAUAUACGAGUCUCAUAACUACACUAAAACCCCAGAGGAUGCUGUUGCAGUUGCUCUUAGAGCAGGAACCGAUAUUAACUGUGGACAUUACAUGCUGAUAUACACUAAGUCUGCAUUUGAUAAGGGGAAAGUGACAGAAGAAGACUUAGAUAAAGCACUUCUAAACACAUUAACGGUUCAACUGCGUUUAGGACUCUUUAAUGGGAACCCAAUCCAAGGUAAGUUUGGUAAAUUUGGACCGCAGGACGUUUGCACUUCUGAUCACAAGAAAUUGGCCCUGGAAGCAGCAAAACAAGGAAUGGUGCUUCUAAAGAAUGAUAACAAUUUCCUACCUUUGCAAAAGAAUGAUGUUUCCUCGUUAGCUGUUAUUGGUCCAAUGGCGAAUGCUACUACUGAUUUGGGUGGUGGAUACUCAGGAAUUCCUUGCAGUCCAACAAGCAUGGUUGAAGGCCUGAAAAAAUAUGUUGAUAAAACAACUCAUUCAUCCGGUUGUCUAGACGUAGCUUGCACUUCAAAUGCUAGAUUUGCAGAAGCAGUUUCUAUAUCACAAAAAUCCGAUGUUGUAAUCCUGGUGGUUGGUUUAGAUUUGACUCAAGAAGUGGAAGAGCAUGAUAGGGUUAGUCUUCUUUUACCAGGUUAUCAGACGGAUCUGGUUACAACCAUUGCUGCCACAAGUAAAAAGCCCAUAGUCUUAGUUCUAACAGGCGGUGGACCCCUUGACGUGUCUUUUGCUCAAGGGGAUCCAAAAAUCGCAAGCAUUAUCUGGGUUGGUUACCCGGGAGAAGCUGGAGGCACGGCACUUGCCCAAAUCAUAUUUGGGGAUUACAAUCCAGGUGGAAAGCUGCCAGUGACUUGGUAUCCCGAGUCUUUUACUAGCAUACCAAUGACCAACAUGAACAUGAGAUCUGAUCACUCUAACGGCUAUCCUGGUAGAACAUAUCGUUUUUACACUGGUGACAUAGUUUAUGGAUUUGGGCAUGGCCUGAGUUACACAUAUUACACAUAUAACAUACUCUCUGCACCUAACGAACUUAAUAUAUUCAGAUCACUGAAAACCAAAUCCAACAACAUAUUACAAAAAACGCAAGGUUUUUCCAACUAUCUCUAUGUCAAUGAACUUGAAGAACACUGUAAUUCUUUAAGGUUUGAUGUUGAAAUCUCUAUCACAAACCACGGUCCUUUUGAUGGAAGCACGGUCGUGAUGUUGUUUGCCAGAGUACCAGGAUAUUUCAAAGGUGCACCACAGAAACAACUUGUCGAGUUUGAGCGUGUUCAUACUGUUUCAUACUCAGAAACUACAACAAAGAUUGCAGUAGAUCCUUGUCAGCAGCUUAGUAUCGUGAAUGAAUUUGGAAAAGCGAUAUUGCCUAUGGGUGAUUAUAAGUUGUUGAUAGAGGAUGUUCAUCAUAUCGUUUCAAUUGUUUUGUGA